AUGUACCCACAACAGUGGGACCGUAUGUCCGCUAAGCAACUCGGAAAGCCGGCAUCAAUUGCACUAUCCAUCUUACACGCAGCGAGCAUCAAGUACGGUAUCUGGCUGCUCCCCAUCGAUAUGACGGCUGCCACAUCCCAAGGCUACGAGUCCACAGAUACCAAAUUAUUACGUUUGGGACAGAUUCAAUUCAUGCAGUACGACAGUGUGCUGUAUUUACAGUCACCAGGCAUGAUCCUCGAUACGGAGCGACUUGACGAAGUCCUGCUCUCACGACCACUCCCAGGCAGGCACGAUAAGAACCGACCAGAGUCAUUCAAUAACGAAGCAUGGAUUCCAAUGCCCCUUCGCGCAGAGCGUGAUGAUCACCUGCCGCCAGUCUACUUGAUUACAGUUAACAAUGUUGGCGGUGGGCAUGUGCAAGCCCGUACACAUGUACCCAACGUUGCUCUUCCGGGUUUUGGCGGCCUUAUCACUCCACCGUGGGGGUACAAGCCUGAAAACACCGGUGAUGAAACCACCCAGCAGCCGGCUUAUGUAUAUUUUGAGAAUGAUCGCGACGGUCGAGUCAAGUGGGCCGGAAACCCACUCUUUGGAACCUGGCGAGCCCAGCAGUACGAAGUAUGUGAAGGUCUUGAUCUUGAUAACGACAUUUACCACGAGCAAUGA